AUGACCAAGGAUAUCAAAGAGUUGGCGAGCGAGUGGCUAGAGCUGGACGAGGACAAGACAACGACUGACGAGAUCUACAAACUUUUGGUCAACGGCGACCACGAUGAGCUCGAAAGGAGACUGCGACACCGCAUUGCCUUUGGUACUGCCGGACUCAGAGGACCAAUGCAGGGCGGCUUUGCUUGCAUGAACUCCCUGACAGUUAUCCAAGCUUCGCAAGGACUGGCUGCAUACCUCUUGAAGACCGAGGAAAAUGUAAAGAAGAGGGGUGUGGUCAUUGGCCGGGAUGCGCGACACAACUCUGAGAAAUUCGCCAAGCUCACGGCCGCCGCAUUCGUGGCAAAGGGUAUCAAGGUGUGGUGGUACGAGGAGCCUAGUCAUACGCCCAUGGUCCCUUUUGGUGUGCGCGAGCUUGAAGCUGCCGCUGGUAUCAUGAUUACUGCAAGCCAUAACCCGGCCAAGGACAACGGCUACAAGGUAUACUGGUCAAAUGGUUGCCAGAUCAUCCCUCCACACGACAGCGGCAUUGCACAGUCUAUCUUGGAGAACCUCAAGCCCGUCACUUGGGACACUUCAGUGGUGGAAAGCUCGCUUUUGGUCGAGGGAAGCUUAGGGCUAGUGCAGGACACAUACCACAAGGCCAUUCUCUAUGCAGCACACCCUGAGCAUGUUCAAGUCAAGAUGGAUCCAGAACUCAAAUUCGUAUAUACCCCCAUGCACGGUGUGGGACUUCCCGCAAUGCAGCGAUGUGCUCAAACUCUUGGAGUCGCUUCUCAGAUGAGCAUUGUCGAGGCUCAAGCACAACCCGACCCAGACUUCCCAACGGUGAAAUUUCCGAACCCAGAAGAAAAGGGGGCAUUGGAUCUGGCAAUUGAAACUGCGGAAAAGUCCUCGACACGCCUAAUUCUCGCUAGCGACCCUGAUGCGGACCGACUUGCAGUAGCGGAGAAGGUGGGUGAUAAAUGGCACAUCUUCACAGGCAACCAGCUUGGAGUACUGCUUGGCUCUUACCUCUUCGAGCGCUAUCCCACCUCGAAGCCGCGAGAGAAGCUUGCCAUGCUGGCUUCCACAGUCAGUUCCCGGAUGCUUGCUGCGCUCGCUAAGAAGGAAGGCUUCCAUUUCACAGAGACCUUGACUGGGUUCAAGUGGCUCGGCAAUGUAGCGCGACAGCUCGAGAGCAAGGGCUACGACGUUGCGUAUGCCUUUGAAGAAGCUCUGGGCUACAUGAUCCCACAAACUGUGCACGACAAGGACUCGAUCAGUGCUGCAGCAGUUUUCCUCACAGCCGCGUCACAGUGGUCGUCACAAGGGCUUACACCCUAUGCCAAGCUGCAGCAACUCUACAAGUAUCUCGGCUAUUUCGAAGACGCAAACACGUACCUCGUGUCACCAUCACCGUCGGUGACUACCUCAGUGUUUACAGCCAUCCGUGCACUUGGCAGCCCAUACCCAACUACUAUCGGGACGCGGAGGAUUGUGCGCUGGCGCGAUUUGACACUAGGCUAUGACUCAAAGAGUGAGGAUCACAAGCCUGAUCUGCCUAUCGACCCGACCGCCCAGAUGAUCACCUGCGAACUAGAUGAUGGGGCCGUCUUUACCGUCCGAGGCAGCGGGACGGAACCGAAGAUUAAGCUUUACAUUGAGUGCCAGGGCAAGAGUAGUGAGGAGGCCAAGCAGGGUGCUAACGGCAUCUUGGAGGAUCUGCUGAGAGAGUGGUUCAAGCCCGAGGAGAAUGGUCUCCGGCUGGCGUAA